AUGCCCACCUCGUAGUGUGCCUCCUGCCACGCUGGGCGCCGCCGUCCGCGCUCGGGCCAAGCGCUGUACGGUGCCUGCGUCUGCGCCGCCUUCAAGACCGAGGUGCUGCACACAGUGCUCGCGGGCUGCCUGCUGCCGCCCGGCGCUGUGGUGGCCGUGGGCGCCUCGGGCGGCAAGGACUCCACGGUGCUGGCGCACGUGUUGCGCGCGCUGGUGCUGCGCGCGCUGGUGCUGCGCCUGGGCGUCUCACUGCGGCUUGUGGCAGUCGACGAGGGCAUCGGCGGCUACCAGGCGGCGCGCUGGGAGCUGCCGUUCACCAUCUUGGUCUACGAGGAUCUCUUCAGGGUCCUGACGGACGCCAUGGUACGCAGCACAGCAGGCUCCGGCCGCACCUUCUGUGGGGAGCUGCGGCGCAGGGCUCUGGAGUAAGGGGCGCGCCGCGAGGGAGCCACUAACAUCGAGACAGGUCACAACGCAGACGACAUGGCGGAGACUGUGCUCAUGAACUUCCUGCGGGGCGACGCCGGGCGGCUGGCCCGGGGCGGGGGCCUGGGCUCUCCGGGCGAGGGGGGCGCCCUGCCGCGCUGCCGCCCGCUGCAGUUCGCCUCGCAGAAGGAGGUGGUGCUGUACGCGCACUUCCGCCGCCUGGACUACUUCUCCGAGGAGUGCGUCUACGCGCCCGAGGCCUUCCGCGGCCACGCCCGGGACCUGCUCAAGCGCCUGGAGGCGGCGCGGCCGUCGGCGGUGCUGGACCUCGUGCACUCCGCCGAGCGCCUGGCGCUGGCCGCGUCCGCUCGGCCCCCGCGCCCCGGCGCCUGCUCCCGCUGCGGGGCUCUGGCCAGCCGCGCGCUCUGCCAGGCCUGCGCGCUCCUGGACGGCCUGAACCGCGGCCGGCCCCGCCUGGCCAUCGGCAAGGGCCGCCGGAGGCUGGACGAGGAGGCGACGCUGGGGACGCCAGGGGAUCCAGCCGAGACAAAAACAAUGUGAUGACCUUGGAGGGCUACCAAGUUGGCCAGGAUCCGAGAGAAAAGGGAAGCUCAUUCUCCCUGAGGGUUCAAAAGGCUAAGGAAGCAAGCAGAAAGCAGAAGCUAGGACGAUGAGAACCUGAGCUGAGCUUUCACAGUGUCACGGCUGGAGCUAGAGACAGAAGUCAUGGUGACCAGGAUAAUCCCAGCGCUUUGGGAGGCCAACAUGGGAGGAUCACUUGAGCCCACGAGUUUGAGGCCAGCCUGAGCAACAUACCGAGACCUUGUCGCUAAAAAAAUGAUAAUAGGCUGGGCGCGGUGGCUCACGCCUGUGAUCCCAGCCCUUUGGGAGGACGAGGCGGGUGGAUCACGAGGUCAAGAGAUCGAGACCAUCCUGGUCAACAUGGUGAGACCCCGUCUCUACUAAAAACACACAAAAAAAAUUAGCUGGGCAUGGUGGCGCAUGCCUGUAAUCCCAGCUACUCAGGAGGCUGAGGCAGGAGAAUUGCCUGAACCCAGGAGGCGGAGGUUGCGGUGAGCCGAGAUCGCGCCAUUGCACUCCAGCCUGGGUAACAAGAGCGAAACUCCGUCUCAAAAAAAAAAAAAAAAGCAAAAGCAAAUCCCAUUUUCAAACUCACUCAAUCUGGGGUUGGAUUAAGGGAUCUGUCUCUAUUCUACUUGCCAGAAAGCAAAAAUAGCGUAGCCCUAGCCACAUGAGCUGAUUUACCUUUAAAUUAAUUAAAAUUAAGGAUUAAAUCCUCAGUCACCUUAAAUACCUUUCAAGUGCUCCACACCACCAUAUUGAACAAUGCAGAAAGAAUGUUUUCAUCAUCAGAAAAUUCCACUGUGCGGUGCUAUUCUAGACUGUACUAGAAUCCAGAGGAAGAAAGUUUCAGUCAGAGCUCCAGAAAAUCUCUACAGUUUUUCAAACAAAAUCCUGGAAACUCAAUUAAAAAUUAAAAAGUUUACAAGCAUGCCAGGAGAUAGGACAAAAUGGUUGAAUACCAAGAGGCUGGAGUCGAAAGCACAGAUGUGAUUGCAGGUGUCCUGGAUAUGAAUUUUAGGUAUGGACUUUGUCAUCAUAUGAAAAUAGAUGCUAAAAUGGAGAACUUCACCAUUGUAUUUGAUUACUUUUUUAAGAUUAUCUCUUUGAGGCAUGUCUUAGUAGCGUGAAGACGGAUGAUUACAUUUUUAAAAGAACCAUUAAAACCGUGACUGUGGUGAAUA